UCCACCAGGUGUCGCCAUCGGUUACCUCACUGUUUCCUAUUUUCUCUAUCGUUCCCAGAUCGUGCGCACCCCCCCCCCCUCCUCCUCCACCGGCUGGUUACGUAGUGACGUCAGUGAGGAGUCGGAGCGCGCAGGGAUCGGGAGCGGAGACAAGAGGGCUGGCACUUGCAUCUUGAAUUCCUGUCCAAGAAGAGGAGGCGGUCCAGUGAACCGACGUAUGCCCAGGCUGGGGAGAAGUCUGACGCCCUCCCAGACCCUGACUACCAAGACAUGCCUGUGCCAGGGCGGGCUCAGUUAAGACUGGACUGGAGAGCAGACUGUGAAUGUGGGUACCACCACGGCCAUAGUGAUUGAACGCGGACAUGGUCAUUGGACAUCACAGAUGAGUGUUAUCCGAGGGCUGGAGUAUCGCUCUUACAAUCGCAACGUCAGUACGUUACCAGGCUGGGGCUAAAGAAGCAAGACGUCUGUCUUUGGGCAGUACAAGUGGGCACUGCCAGGGGAGGAUACUGCAACGCUGGCACCAUUGAAAAGGUGUUGGAAAGUCACUGCUGCCGGAACGUUGUGAAGUGUUUCAGUUGCUGUUACUAUCUGUUAUGUCAUCUCUUCAGCCGCUCCACAUGAGGAGGUGAAGGAUACAUCAAAGUACCUGCUGCUUCUGGUGCCCAUCUUACCUGGCCAGCGCUCCGCUUGUCACCUGUUCUCUGUCACACACCAUGAGCUCCCUGCUCCCCUUUGACAGCUUGUUAUGUAACCUCCUGGGCCUGUCUGUUACCUUGUGGUUCACCCUCCUGCUCAUCUUCAUCAUCGUCCCCGCCAUCUUCGGGGUGUCGUUUGGCAUCCGUUGGUUGUAUAUGAAAACAUUGCUUCGUAUUUUCACGUGGGCUACUCUGCGGAUAGAGAGAGGAGUGAAGGAGAACAGUCACGCACUGUAUAAACCCCUCAGCAAUGGAAUCAUUGCUAAAGAAAACACAUCCCUGCAGGACGGCAUCUGUGAGCUGCGGGGCAGCGAACGCUCCGGAGACAAGCCGGAGUUCGAGCUGUCGGACAUCUUCUACUUCUGUCGGCAGGGCAUGAAGAGCAUCAUGGACGAUGAGGUGACCAAAUGCUUCUCUGCGGAGGAGCUGGAGACCUGGAACCUACUGAGCAGGACCAACUAUAAUUUUCAGCACAUUAGUCUGCGCUUAACUGUGCUUUGGGGGCUCGGCAUGCUGGUGCGGUACACCUUCCUACUGCCACUCAGGAUCGCUCUGGCUUUCACCGGGGUCAGCCUAUUAGUGUUUGGCACCACGCUUGUGGGAUACUUACCAAAUGGCAAGUUCAAGGAGUUCCUGAGUAAACAUGUGCACCUUAUGUGCUAUCGGAUCUGCGUGCGCGCCCUGACUGCAAUCAUAACAUAUCAUGGCAGUGAGAACCGGCCGAGGAACGGAGGCAUCUGCGUGGCCAAUCACACCUCUCCGAUUGAUGUAAUCAUACUAGCCAGUGAUGGAUACUAUGCUAUGGUUGGACAAGUCCAUGGUGGCUUAAUGGGAAUAAUCCAAAGAGCUAUGGUAAAGGCCUGUCCACAUGUUUGGUUCGAGCGUUCAGAAGUCAAAGAUCGCCAUCUGGUGGCUAAAAGGCUAACGGAUCACGCACAAGACAAAAGUAAACUGCCCAUCCUAAUAUUUCCUGAAGGUACCUGCGUCAACAACACGUCGGUCAUGAUGUUCAAGAAGGGAAGCUUUGAAAUCGGAGCCACAGUGUAUCCCGUGGCUAUUAAGUAUGAUCCCCGCUUUGGUGAUGCCUUCUGGAACAGCAGCAAAUAUGGGAUGAUCACCUACCUCCUGCGAAUGAUGACAAGCUGGGCCAUAGUGUGCAGUGUCUGGUACCUACCUCCUAUGACACGACAGGAAAAUGAAGACGCAGUCCAAUUUGCAAACCGGGUGAAGUCUGCCAUCGCCCGGCAGGGGGGACUUGUCGAUCUACUUUGGGAUGGAGGGCUAAAACGUGACAAGGUCAAAGAUGUAUUUAAAGAGGAACAACAAAAGUUGUACAGUCGUAUCAUCUCUGGAAACCAGGAGAACCGAAGUCGCUCGUAAGCCCCAGCAUGGGGGAGCAGGCUCUGUUCUGGUCUACACUGCUGCUCCACACCACCACAGGAAGGAGACUCUGAGCCGCCGAAAUCCAAGCCAUGAAGUGAGGGCCGAGGGAACACACAACAUGGAGUCAGUCUGGAUUCAUCAGUCCAUGAAGAACUGUGAUAGUAGGAGGCAAGGGGCAUUUAUUGGGUGCUGGUUGCACCCGUGGGAUCAGUUAGGAGGGUGGUGGUCUAUGAACCACAGAUCUGUUUCAUGAGGCUUGUGACUCUGUUUCAUCUCAGUUACGGCCUGAAGGCCUUUUUUACGAAUGUUUCCAAUCCUCAGAUAUUGUCUCACAGAACCUAAAGGGUCAUUUCAAGAGUUACUUGUUCUGUGAGACUUUGCAUUGUUACAGGCCGCCAGAUAUAAAAUAUACUGGCGCCGCCAAAAAUGGACAACCCACCCCCCCCCCCCCCCCCC